AAUCGCUCUCCCGGCCCUGGUCCCGGCACCAUGAGCUUCGGCUCAGAGCACUACCUGUGCGGCCCCUCCUCCUACCGCAAGGUGUUCGGAGACGGCUCUCGCCUGUCCUCGCGCCUCUCCGUGGCCGGCGGAGCGGGCAGCUACCGCUCGCAGUCGCUGUCCCGCUGCAAUGUGGCCUCCUCGGCCGCCUGCUCCUCCGUCUCCUCGCUCGGCCUAGGCCUGGCUUACCGCCGGACUCCGGCUUCCGACGGGCUAGACCUGAGCCAGGCGGCGGCGCGCACCAACGAGUACAAGAUCAUCCGCACCAACGAGAAGGAGCAGCUUCAGGGCCUCAACGACCGCUUCGCGGUGUUCAUCGAGAAGGUGCACCAGCUGGAGACGCAGAACCGUGCGCUCGAGACCGAGCUGGCCGCGCUGCGGCAGCGCCACGCUGAGCCGUCGCGCGUUGGCGAGCUCUUCCAGCGGGAGCUGCGCGACCUGCGCGCGCAGCUGGAGGAGGCGAGCUCCGCUCGCGCGCAGGCCCUUCUGGAACGCGACGGGCUGGCCGAGGAGGUGCAGCGGCUGCGGGCGCGCUGUGAGGAGGAGAGCCGCGGGCGCGAAGGCGCCGAGCGCGCCCUGAAGGCGCAGCAGCGCGACGUGGACGGCGCCACGCUAGCCCGCCUGGACCUGGAGAAGAAGGUGGAGUCGCUGCUGGAUGAACUGGCCUUCGUGCGCCAGGUGCACGACGAGGAGGUGGCCGAGCUUCUGGCCACGCUGCAGGCGUCGUCACAGGCUGCGGCCGAGGUGGACGUGGCUGUGGCUAAACCAGACCUGAGUUCAGCGCUGAGGGAGAUCCGCGCCCAGUAUGAGUCCCUGGCCGCCAAGAACCUGCAGUCAGCCGAGGAAUGGUACAAGUCCAAGUUUGCCAACCUGAACGAGCAGGCGGCGCGCAGCACCGAGGCCAUCCGGGCCAGCCGCGAGGAGAUCCACGAGUACCGGCGCCAGCUGCAGGCACGCACCAUUGAGAUUGAGGGCCUGCGUGGAGCCAACGAGUCCCUGGAGAGGCAGAUUCUGGAGCUGGAGGAGAGACACAGUGCUGAAGUGGCUAGCUACCAGGAUAGCAUUGGGCAACUAGAGAAUGAUUUGAGGAACACCAAGAGUGAGAUGGCACGCCACCUUCGGGAAUACCAAGACUUGCUCAAUGUUAAAAUGGCUCUUGACAUUGAGAUAGCAGCUUACAGGAAACUGCUAGAAGGCGAAGAGACACGUUUUAGUGGAUCGAGUAUUUCAGGGCUGAAUCCACUUCCCAACCCAGGUUAUCUGCUCCCACCCAGAAUCCUCAGUUCUACAACCUCCAAAGUCUCAGCCACUGGGCUGUCUCUUAAGAAAGAGGAGGAGGAAGAGGAGGAAGAGGCUUCUAAGUUGGCCUCUAAGAAAACCUCCCAGAUAGGAGAAAGUUUUGAAGAAAUAUUGGAGGAGACAGUGAUAUCUACCAAGAAAACCGAGAAAUCAAAUAUAGAAGAAAGCACCAUUUCAAGCCAAAAAAUAUAAUUCUGUUGCUUAAAAAAAGUUAAUGCUUGAGAGGGGAUAAUAUGCAUUUGACUUGUUAAACAGCCUAUUCCUAAACCAAAACACCUGUCACCACCAUAAAAUGUCUUCAAGGCUUCAGUCUCAUAUUUAGCAUUGAAUACUUACUUUCUCUAAUAUGAAAACCGCCCCUUAGAUUGGAGGGAACUGCAGUCAUAGAGCCAUCACAGAGGAGUUAUCUAAGAACACAGCUUUCUUACCUAAAGCUCAGGCUUUACAGUGAUAGAUGAGUCAGGUACAGAGGAAGUACAAAGGUGCUAAAUCUGUGAUCAUCAUCAGUUGCUGUGAAUUGAAAUUAAAAUCUAUAUUCACUCACUAUAACCAGCCGUUACCCAGCUAUGUAAUCUCACUCUAGAUACCUAAAAUAUGAGAUCACUGCCAAAGAUAAACCCAUGGUCCACCACUGACACUACUCUGAUACAACUGCUUCACAAAUGGUACGUGUUUGAUUAAUGGACACUUUUCCUCCCACGCCCCUCAAUUCCAUAGACCCCUUUCUUCCAUUCUGGGGGGCGGAAAAAAGGCUAGUGUAGUAUUCUUCCCUUUUAAAUACAUUUAGGUUCUUCUCAGAAGAGCUUACCCCCUUUAGCUCUAUUUGCUUGAUGGGCAAAAUUAAAUGCAUGUUGACCAUUUCUAUGAUUUUGUGUAAUGACUUCACCCUGCCCAUUUCGUAUCCUUCCGAUUCUGUAGGUUAAAGAAAAAUGGCAGUGAUAAGUUCAGAGGGUUGCCCCAACAAAUAAAAUAAUGGAAAGAGUCCCUAGAUUUUAGGCUUUCAGCUUAUCAAAUCCAUUUAAUUAGGGAGAAAAAAAAUCCUACUCAAGAAUAUAGCUUUUCACCUUAAUGUUAGAAAUACAGUAAUAGUUAUCCCAAGCUGUGAGUAAGCUGACCUUAGAUUUAGUCAUGUAAGCUAGAAGAGGUGCGUAUUUGUAUGAAUGGAAACAGUGAAGGUCUCAUUUAUCUGUGUCAGUUCAUUUGUGGUGAUAUAGAAUUAGCUAUUUCACACCCUUAUCCUUAGGCAGAACCCACAUAUCCCCUUCCCACUAGUCUAGGUCCUAAAGUGGCCUUGUUUUCACUCUCCUAUGCCUUUUAAGAGUGCUAAGUGUAGAUUAUGUCACUACCAGGAUACAAUGCUACUGCCCCAAAGCAAAAUAAGUCACUUCUGGUCAAUCAGCACCACCAGCAAAUAUAAAAAAGAAAUACUUCUCUUUCCUAAAAGAGACUUGCCCAACAGUUUUCCCAUUGCUGCAUGGUUGGUGGGUCUUCCUUCCCUGCUGGAGAGGAAAAGACACUCAAACCAGAGAAGGGGCAUACAUGUUCCUACUCACAUGCUAGAAGUACAUUCUGGAGCGUUGACUUUUCAUCUGCCCACCUGUGUUGCGGAUGCAUUGCCUGGUCUUCCACAUUUGCCAGUUUUGAUGCAGGAUCAGUUCUCUGCCAGCAGUCACUUCCCCCAGAGCUAAAGAGUUGCCAUGUCUCUGUCACACUUCUCCAUUAAGAGCUCUGUGGUAAUAAGGAUGUGAUGCUUUUACCGAACUUUCAUAUCCUAGCACAUGCUUCCAUAGUUCGAGGAACUUGAAAGUUGCUUUUCUUCCUUUCCCUGACUCCAUCCCUGUCUCGACUCCCCACACUUACUCUAAAACCUUAGUAAAAUAAGAAUUAAAAGUCACAUGAAUCCCACCAACAUAA